AUGAAAAGCUUUCUUUCCUGGACAGUCCUGGCAGUCCUUGUCCUGGUGCACGUCUCCCAGGCAGUCUAUGUUCAGGAUGGAGACUUGAAAUUCCCCCUGGAGUCUGUGAAGAAGCUGAAGGAGCUCAUGGAUGGCAACAGACGCACCAACCCUCGCAUGGUGGUUCCCAUGGCCAGCUAUUCCCCAUGCCAAGAAAAACACCUCCCUGAGGAAUUCCGGCCUGUGUGCAAGAGGGAAGAUGCACCCAUGAUUUUUAGGAGGCUGAGCCUGGCUGCUGAGGACGACCUCUGUGAGAUCUGUGCCAAUGCUGCCUGUGCUGGCUGCUUCUGAGGGGCUGGAGAAACCCACAAAAGGCA